CAGGGAUCGCUGGAAGACGAACAGGCGGAGACUUAAGUCCGUAGGUGUGAUGGACAUGGCUUGGCAGCAGUGGAGCCUGGUCAGGCUUGUUCUGAACGGAAGCCGCGGUUCUGAUAGUGAUCGCAGGUCCCAUGGGCUUAGAUAUCCUUCACACGUUUGCUCCGGAAUCGACGACACCUGAAAUGAAGGAGUGUUGGUCUUGGUUGUGUCUUGGCACUGUGCAAGUCACGCAGAUCAGCUGUGGAACCAGUCAUCACGUGUUCAUCAAUUCAGUUUCCGAACCCUUAACACGCCAUUGAACUUCAUGCGCGAAGGCUGAGCCCCAGUGCGACACCUGAGCAACCUUCCCUUCUUUUUGUUUGCCUCCGCAGUUCAUAAACCGGCCUGAGUCUACUCUCACCAAAUCCAUCCCCUUUCACUCUGUUCGACAACAGCGCAAGAUGGUUCACAAUGCGUAUGGCCCACUCUUGCGCACCGUCCUCGAGUCUAUCUUCGAGGUGUUCAUCAUGUGCUUUAUGGGAUGGGUGCUGGCCCGUAGAGGAGUACUUGAUAAAACCACUCAAAGAAAGCUCAACAUAAUAAACGUAUCCCUAUUCACUCCCUGUCUCCUUUUCUCGAAAGUUGCAUUCUCUCUGUCUCCCCAGAAACUGAAGGAGUUGUGGAUCAUCCCAAUAUUCUUCGUGAUUGUCACUGUCAUAUCCGCUAUAGUUGCAUGGGUUAUGGCCACAUUCCUUCACCUCAAAAGGUCCCAGCGCAACUUUUGCAUGGCGGCUGCCAUGUUCAAUAACAGUAACUCGCUUCCGAUUGCCCUCAUGCAAAGUAUGGUAGUUACCGUCAAAGGCCUGAAAUGGGGAGACGACGAUACUAAAGAUGCUAUGCUUGGAAGAGCGUUAGGAUAUCUGGUUCUCUAUUCAACGCUCGGUAUGAUGCUUCGGUGGUCGUACGGAGUUCAUCUGCUGUCGCAGGCCGACGAAGAAGUCAGUCUUCCUGCCACUGAUGAGGCCCCCGUCCUCGAUGUCCAGGCUGGAGGGGGAUCCCUGGAGGCAACUGAACCGCCAGGGUUUGGCAUCCGACAGUCCGAUCGGUCGUUCAGCGAUGUAUUCCAUCGUUCACAUUCUCAGGCUACUCUGGCGGAAAACACGAUUCUUCCGGCGCGAGAUGUUCCGAGCCUCCCGCGAAAUCAAAGCAUUCCCCGCCGAUUCUUUAUAGGUCCUCGCAAAGGCACAAAUUUGUCCUAUCACUCAUUUCCGAACACACCAGUUCGAUCAUUGAGCCCGGCGGCAACCCCAACAAGAAAUGAUGACGCAUCUGUACAAGAGCGCGAGGAUGAUGAAUGGGGCAACGAGUCUACUUAUUUGUCGUUCUCCACUAUCACACCCCCCUCCUCAAGCAGACUGCAGUCGCGGGCCCGCCGAACAAAAAAUGCCCUGCUGAAGACGGUUAAAGCGGUGCACCGGUUUAUGACUGUUCCACUGUACGCGGCAUUGGCUUCAUUCGUCGUCGCGCUCAUUCCACCCUUACAACACGUGAUGAUGGAACAUGUCGCACCCGUUAAAGGAUUCCUAGUUAGUGCAGGCGCCUGUUCAAUUCCUAUCACAAUGGUCGUCUUGGGGGCGUACUUUUACCAACUUCCACCCCCGCUGAAAGCAACCGAGCCGCCCCCCUCUCCCGCCGUGACCAGGGUGUCGCGCACCAUGGAUGCUUCGGAAAGUGAAGACGAGCGCUCAUCGAUUCUUGUGCGGGAAGAUCGAGAUAUCGAACAGGGGCGUGAAUCGCCCAGAUCGCUGCGCGCCCGGCUUGACGCAUCGCAGCUUAGUAUUACUACUCUGGCGGGUUCUGUAAAGAGUGCGCUCAAGAUGGAUACGUUGCGACGGGGGUUCCAAAGCACAAAGGAAAUUUCGUCGGAAAGCGAAAUCCGGUCGGGUGAGACGACGACUGUGAUCGUGUCGUGCUUGGCCAGGAUGGUCGUGACGCCGAUGGUUGUGCUCCCGGCAAUGGGUGCAUUGGCAUUGUAUGAAGUAUAUCCUUUGUUCGAAGACCCCGUAUUCGUGGUAUCAAGCGUCUUGCUCAUAUCGGCUCCCCCUGCACUCACACUUGCACAGAUCACGCAAGCAGCCGCAGGGGACGCAUUUGAAAGGCUUGUUAGCCGAACUAUCUUUUGGGCAUAUUGCGUCCUCACACCGCCUCUCACGCUUCUCUACGUCGUUAUCGGAUUACAUUUCUCGCGGUUAUGAGUGCUUGAGAUUGCCCUCCAUUUUUUCCCUUCUUUCGUUAUGAAAACCUACCCACACAUCCUUUAUACCUGAAUGGAUUCGGGUUGGUCAAAUUGAAAUUGUAUGCCUACAGUUUCUCUUUUUGCUCGAUUUGAGUUGGCCUCGAUGCCAUGUGUAUUUCUGCUAUAGAUUUCCCACAGCAAAAACGUGAUCCCUUGCCUCUUCUAACUAGUUGCUUUUGCCCGGAAUGAGUAAUAUAUAUAUCUUGCGACGAGACUCC